AUGGAGGACAUUGAGAAUGAUCUCUUCAAGCAAAAAGGCUGGGCGAAAUUGAGACGAUACUGCGACCGCGCGGCAAGAGACGGCUGGGACUGGGCCUGGAUGGAUACAUGCUGCAUCGAUAAGACCAACCCAUAUGAUACUCAAGAAGCCAUCAAUGCCAUGUUCCAAUGGUAUCAAGACGCCGGCAUAUGUUAUGCCUACCUCGAUGACGUGGAUGCCAACAUAAUCUUCAGCACUGUAGGCUCUGCAGGUGUGAAUGACCUUGAGGACGUGGAUCUUGACAAUAUCGCAGGCGCUGACAAUGUUGCCAACCGUUGCAGCUUUCGCCAUAAAGCCCUUAGCCCCUUCGUCGUUAAAGCCAAGUGGUUCACUCGAGGGUGGACUUUACAGGAGCUCCUUGCUCCCCAUUACUUGGUAUUUGUGGACCGAGCAUGGCGUCGUAUCGGGACUCGAGAGAGCUGGGCAGAUGAAAUCAAGGAAGCUAGUGGGAUCGAGACGCCGUAUUUGACAGCGUUCAGCCCAACGGAUUUUAAUUCGUGUUCCAUCGCCAUGAGGCUCUCCUGGGCGUCCGGCCGUGACACAACCCUUGAAGAAGAUGAAACAUACUCACUGUUGGGUCUCUUCGGUAUUAGCUUACCCCUUAUAUAUGGCGAAGGAAGGUGGCGAGCCUUCAACAGACUCCAACGUGAGUUGAUCACUGUCUACAACGACGAUUCCAUUUUUGCUUGGAAAGCAGAGCAAACGUCCAGAAGCCGCAUUAAUCGGCCACAAUGGGAAGGUCUGGAAAUUAAAGCGAGGCGAUGGAGAAACAAAGACAACCCGAACUUGUGCCUUGUCCGCCUAAAUUGCGGCACUAAAGAUGGCGCACAUGUCGGGUUAUUUCUCAACCAUGUUGAUGAUUCCUACGAUAGACUACGGAUCAAUGAGCUAUGUGACAUGGAGAAGAUCAAGCCGGAGGAUUGGAAUGAGGAGUUUGACACAGAAUCCAUUCUCAUACGGGCAAGUAACUUUUCGAAACUCCUCGGCUGUCGAUCAGUAUUUGUACUAGAAUACCCCGAGUGUAUCAAAAUCGGCUCCAAGUAUUUCAUCGACUUCUGUUCAUCUAGUUUCGGCGCAAAGAUGCAGUUAUUGGAUGACACACAUUUAGAUCGUGGUUUAAAGCGAGAUGAACUGCUCAUGGAACCGAACCAACUGGUAUUCAUCAACAUUGAAGUGCGACAUGAAGGCAUCAAGUCUGAAUUUGAUGUCAUUAUCAAUCUCACCGAGACCGGAUAUCCUUCUGCUGGGAUCAUGAGCAGAAACCUGGAACGAUGGAAAAGGCUCGAGGAUCCACUGAAGCAGUCUUGCCUAACAUACGAAGCAUUAGCGGAGUAUCUGCACUACAAAGUACCCAAUGAGCCAGUAUAUCCCAUGACUGCUAUGGAAGCAACAGAAAGUCUUGCUAUUGGUGUUUUUAUUCUUCCCCGACCCCCGCUACACAGGACGCUCAAAAUGCCAUCAGGUGGUGCAACGCCUGCCAGGUUACGGGAAUACGUGCUCAAAGUAUCAGUUGACCAAGAUGAUGACGGGCAGCGAGACAAUUUGGAGCGGCAAGAUCGGAAGAGGCGAAGGAUAUUGUGA